GAGCUGCAGCCCCUUGAUUCAUAUAAUUUAAUAACAAACCAUUCAAGGAGCUCUUGCACCCUGUAUGGGAAUAUGUGCAUUCAUUAUGGUUUGUAAUUUGUCAGUACACAAAAGAGGAACUCGUUGGAUAAGGUGCUGAGAAACUGAUCUGUUGAAUGCAGUCUCUUUAUAUAGAACUUUCAUUGUCUUUUGUCUCUUCUUGUUUUCUAAAUCAUCCUGGUGCUCUAUAAAAAGUAACCCCUAUGAUGUUUUUGUAGCAUCAACUCGGGCAUGAAGUCUGUCACAGUGGAAUAUCUGCUUUGGUUUCCUCCAUUGUCAUUCUCUUCUGGAAACGGAGUGACAGGAACAUUGCAAAACAUCAAACUUUAAAAAUUGUCAUCUGCAGUACAUACUCAUGGCCCGGUAUUUUCUAAAUCACAAUUAUUGUCAGAAAAUUAAGCACCUUGAAAGUUAUUUAACUUUAUUAUUAUUAUAUGCUUUCACUUCCUACUUUCAUGGAACAAAAAAUUAAGUUUCCCCUAUUUCCACGUUUCAGAAUGUCUCCACCCUCACACACAGUAGCACACUCAGUCCCACCUCAUGCUCUGACUCGGCUAGCACGAGAGUGGCUGGCAGAGGACACAUCAAACUUUGACCCAGCAGGAGUGUGUGUGGGGUCACAAGAGAUCGAGGCAAGGUUGCUAUGUAAAACACCACACAGUGUCCUGGCAGGGAGCCCAUUCUUCACAGCAGUGUUCACUGAGGUCGGCUGUACCGUGGAUUGGAUUUACCAGGAGGGUGCUGAGAUCGGUCCAGAUGCCAUCACGCUGACUGCUGUUGUGAGAGGCCCAGCAAGGUGCCUCCUCCUGGGAGAAAGGCCAGCUCUAAACUGCCUGGCCCGGGCCUCAGGGAUCGCCACUCGCUGUUCUCAGCUGCAGGCAAUGGCAACGGUGGGAGGCUGGCAUGGAGAAGUGGCUGGCACACGCAAGACCACCCCAGGCUUCCGUCUGGUGGAGAAGUACGCCAUGUUGGUUGGCGGUGUGUCCAUGCACAGACAGGACCUGAGUGGAAUGGUGAUGCUGAAGGACAACCAUGUCUGGGCAUCAGGAAGUAUUACACAGGCUGUGACAGCUGCCCGCUCAGUGUGUGGCUUCAGCAGUAAGAUCGAGGUAGAGUGCCGUUCAGCAGAAGAGGGCAGAGAGGCAGCCAGAGGAGGAGCAGACAUUGUCAUGCUGGACAACUUUCAACCUCAGGAGCUCCAUGUUGCAGCUCGUGCACUAAAGGAGGAGUUCCCAGCUCUCCUGAUAGAAGCCAGUGGAGGAGUGACUCUAGCGAACUUGUCUAUGUAUUUCUCCCCACAUGUGGACAUCAUUUCCCUGGGCUGCAUAACACAGGGCUGCCCAGUUGUGGACUUUUCUCUCAAGGUUCAAAAGCCUGUUGCUCACUCAGUCCUCCAAGAUUGACGGCCACCACAAACAGAAUGUACAGACAGUCCCACGUCGACUGAAGGAGAAAAUGUUGUGAAUGAGAUUGUGUUCUGAUGAAUAGAGGAUACUUUCUUAGUGUGUUCAUUAAUUUCCCGUAACUGUUAUUGCAGUGGUCAACUCUUGAGAAAUACUUCACAUCCUCUUCGCUCUCCGUCAUUAGUCAUUUGAUGAGGCUCAAAAGAGAAUAGAAACUACACUGUACUUUCUUUUGUGCUGGGGCCAUGUAGGCCAAAUGGCAAUUUCAUGUUUUUCUUGAAAAACAAAAUAGAGAAACAGCAAUUAGAGGAACAGCAGUCAUGUGUUGAAAUCAACAGAAAUUCACUGACAUACAGAAUAAAAAGAAUAUUAAGCUAAUAUUA